AUGAAGAACAGCGACAGAAGGAAUGUUCCCGGCUGUUGCCCGCUCUGUGACAAAACACAGCCUGCUGGAAUACAGUGCCCCACUAUUGUGGCACUCGAUGUAGCGAAUACCGGUGGUAUCCAGGCGUUGAGUUCUCAGCCUAGCAGUGCCGUUACUGCUCCGACCGUGACACCCGCCUCCGUGCCGCUGCCGCACGCUACUCGUGUCUCAUAG